UGUGUUGCCAUGACGACCAUGUCUGGGUCGCCACAGGCUGGGUUGGAAACUCGCUGCACGUUUAAGACCGAGUAUCUGUGGAGGGAUCGUUCGCGGUGGUUCAAUUUCCUAGGAAUACAUUUAACAAGCCAUGGGCAGCAAGAAGAAAGAAAUUGCCCUGCAGGUCAACAUCAGCACCCAGGAGCUUUGGGAGGAAAUGCUCAGUUCCAGAGGAGUAACUGUUGUCGAUGUCUAUCAAGGCUGGUGUGGCCCCUGUAAACCCGUGGUCAGCCUCUUCCAGAAGAUGAGGAUCGAGGUGGGCCUGGACCUCCUGCAUUUUGCACUGGCAGAGGCAGACUGUCUUGAUGUCCUCGAAAAAUACCGCGGGAAGUGUGAGCCAACCUUCCUGUUUUACGCAGGAGGAGAGCUGGUGGCUGUGGUUAGAGGAGCAAACGCCCCACUGCUGCAGAAAACCAUCCUAGACCAGCUAGACGCCGAAAAGAAAGUGUUGGCUGAAGGCGGAGAACGCAAAGUGAUUAAAGAUGAGGCACUUUCUGAUGAAGAUGAGCGUUUUUCCCACCAAAAGGACGAUGGUGAAGAGGAGGAUGUGGUUUCAUCAGAGAAGUCCUGUACCUUGGCAAUCAUUAAACCAGAUGCAGUGGCCCAUGGAAAGACCGAUGAGAUUAUUAUGAAGAUCCAAGAAGCUGGGUUUGACAUCUUAACAAAUGAAGAAAGAACCAUGAGAGAAGCAGAAGUGCGACUCUUCUACCAACACAGGGCUGGAGAGGAGGCAUUUGAGAAGCUGGUACAUCACAUGUGCAGUGGACCAAGCCACCUUCUGAUCCUCACCAGGAGUGAGGGCACUGAGGACGUUUUCACCACCUGGCAAACCCUCAUGGGACCCUGUGACCCCGAUGUGGCAAGGAGGGAGCAGCCUGACAGUCUCCGCGCUCAGUACGGCACAGAAAUGCCCUUGAAUGCGGUCCAUGGAAGCCGGGAUAGAGAAGACGCCAGCCGAGAACUGGCUUUGCUCUUCCCCAGUUUUAAGUUUUCAGACCAAGUUCCGGAAGCCCCUCAGGGCCACGAGGCGGAAGGAGCCAUGUGCCCUACCCAGGAGGUUCGCUUCCUCGAGGACGCGGAUGGAGAUGGCGGUGCUGCCUUCCAGAGCAUGUGACGGGGCGAGGUUACGAAAUGAGGUGUCAGUGAACUUGUGUCUGCUGCAUACAGGGAAACCUCUAGAAUUUGAUCUUACUCUUUUGAGCACCAAUACGUUUUUGGUUUAGCUAUCUUUUAUGGCCAAUAAAAAUAUAUACUUUCCUGUCUUAUUAAAUAAUAUACAGAACACAUAACUUUUUUUUUUCCUAUC